AUGUCGUCGGCGUCGUCCUCGGCAUCGCUCAUCGCCAGGCCGCCUCCCUUUCGUACGCCAGUGCCGACCAGGAGGCCCUUUCCUCCUCGUCCCUUCUUCGCUCUCGCCCCAAGGUGCCUGGCCAAGGAGCUCCAUUUCAACAAUGACUUCUCCGCCACAAAGAGGCUCCAGGUUUGAUUGCAAGGAUGCCGGCGUUUGUGCGCAUUCUCUGAACUCAGUGUUGAUGCGUGUUCUCUGGCUUUUUCUAUCUUUGUGUGGAUUUAGGCUGGGGUGAACUUGGUGGCGGAUCUUGUGGGAGUGACCUUGGGUCCGAAGGGCAGGAAUGUGGUUUUGCAGAACAAGUAUGGACCCCCUAAGAUCGUUAACGAUGGGGAGACUGUUCUCAAGGAAGUAUGUCCGCUUGAUCUCAAAUCUAGAAAUGGGAUUCGAAUACUCUUCUUUUUUUUGGUCUUAAAAUGACGUAAUUUAAUGGUUUCCUCGCUGACGAGGCUUCUUCUGUUCGUCCCGAAUUUACAAAUUUGGAAUUAGAGAAUGUAGGAACGAUGAUUUCUGUUAAGAUGCUCUAUUUUUAUCUGCUAUCUUAGUAACGUGUCUCCAUUUUCGGACGUCUAAAGGUUGAAUUGGAGGAUCCGCUGGAGAACAUUGGCGUGAAACUAGUGAGACAGGCCGGGGCGAAAACCAAUGAUCUCGCUGGGGAUGGGAGUACAACGUCUGUUGUUCUUGCGCAAGGCCUGAUAGCUGAAGGUGUUAAGGUACAGGCGAUGAAGUAUUACCCUCCGGAACUAAACCGUGUGCCAUUUUCAUCCACGUCAACUCGCAUGUUCUUUCCUCUUUCACAAUUAGAUUGUUCAAAAGAGUCGGUUGAUUCGCAGUAGUAUUGCUUGAAGUUUAACGAAUAAAAUAUACAUAUGAAUAAUGUAUAUAUCUAUGUAUUGGUCACUAAGAUUUUAAAAUGAAUGAUCUGAAAGCUAAUAGCAUCUAAAUAAUUUGCGAUUUGGACCAGUGAAUGGAGCAACCGAUAAAGCAGUUGAAUGGAGAAUACGAAAAUUUGUGCUGAAUAGAAAGCUUGAUAUCAUCUUCUUUUAAUUAUUUCUAAGAAGGCAAGAGAUUGCAUCAUAUCUAUCUGUACCCAGUUGAUUCCAAGACCUAUUAUUUAAGAGACUAGUCCAUUUUUGUGUUGAAACUUUUUGAUACUUUCUUUUAUUGUACGCCAUAAUGUGGAGAACCAAUAGAACACUCGGUUGAUUUUCUACUGAAUAGGCCUGAAAGCCUCUGGAAUCAUGUUUGAAGUAUCUGCAAAAUGUUGAAUUAAUUUGGUUCCCCUUGGAGUUACGCAUCCUACUUUGCAAAUGAAAUGUUUAGGUUCUUGCGGCAGGAAUGAACCCUGUGCAAGUUGCAAGAGGGAUUGAGAAGACUGCCAGAGCUCUUGUUUCUGAAAUCCAAUCCAUGUCACGAGAGGUAUAUUUUUAUCUUAAAUCUAAUGUGUGGCUUUGAGAAUAAUUGCAUGCUAUGAGUCAUGGAUGAAUGCAGAAGCUCUAUUCUGCAACUAUAAUUUCUUAGCCUUUCAUGACUUGUUUGCAGUCUUACAAGAUUCAUGUAUCACGUGAAACAUUAUCCAUGAUCUUUUACCACGGCUCAUUAGUUCUGAUUUUCCGUUUAUGUUGCCCUUUCAUGGAAAAACUGCAAUGCUGGUCUUCUUGAAGAUUCAUUUAAUUUGGUACCCUCACUAUAAUUUCCUAUACACAUAACUGAGUCGAACAUGGUAAACAUUCUCUUUGGGCUUUGGGUUUUCCUGUGGGUUUUCUGCUUGCAUUCCCUUGGUAUGUGAGCAUGUUCUUGACGGUUAUGAAGCACAUUUGCUUGCAUGUGAUGCAAAGUUAUCUGUGGUCGUUGCUUUUUCAUCAUUUUUUAACUGAAACAAGCCAAUUAUGGCAGUAUUUUUUCUACAAUCACUUCAAUUUUUUAUUUAUCUUGUGUUCUAUGAUAAAAACACCCUUGCGAACGCCUAUACUUCCAUUCAUCUUCCAGGUGAAGAAAGCUAGACAGACAUCCCUGUCUGCAGUGUUGGACAAAGUAGCCACACUUUACUUUAUGACCAUUCCUAGAAAUAUUUUCUUCAAAGCUAUAGUAACAAUCCAGUCCUGAUGUUUGUUCUUCCAUAGAAUUCUGUUUGAUCCCUGUUAGUAUUUCCAUGUAUUGUUAGCAAUAAUCCUACCUGAGAUCAGGUCGACGGCUUGAUUCUAUAUGAUGUUGUGGGGAUUGGGUUCGAAUGAAAAAUCCGUCUUGUUCUGGCGAAUAACCUUUGAGAAGACCAAUGUCACCCAGACGGCGACUGUACGUUCAUUUUGCAAUCAAUCAUAUUUUAAGUGUGACGUCUAAAUAAGUAUGCUCAUCGAGGUGAGUAUAUUUAAACUUCUCAAAUGCUAAAUAGUAUAGUUCAUAUAGGUGAAUAUAAUUCAUCAACUCAGGGGCCAAAUAGCUAAGUUCUGGCUAAACCCACUAGUGUAGUGAGUAAAGACCCCUUUACAUGAAGUAAAUGAAUAUAUGUUCAAGGGGUUAUGUGCUCGGUGCCACCAACAUUGCAUAAUUUUAACUCAAUUACAACUAAGAGUCAAAAUCUGGCCGACGGUUUUCCUUUAUCAACACUCUUGGAGCAUACCUAUGCUUCUGAAAGUCUGCGUUUAUACUUCUCUAGUACUUUAUCGUCGAUCGACUUGCCUCAGAGUUACCUAGCGUAGGGGAACACUUGAAGCUGAAGCAUUUGCAUUCUGCAGGUUGAAGAUAGUGAAAUCGCUGAUGUUGCUGCAGUAAGUGCUGGGAAUGACUACUCAGUAGGAAACAUGAUAGCGGAAGCCCUGCAAAGAGUUGGAAGGAAGGGCGUGGUGAGGAUUGAGAAAGGCAGGUCCACUGAGAACACCCUGGAAGUUGUAGAAGGAAUGCAAUUCGAUCGUGGUUACUUGUCGCCUUACUUUGUCACAGAUCGAGCAAACAGGACGGCCGAAUUUGAGAAUUGCAAGGUCAGGUGAGAACUACAACUUGCAGCUCGCAUGAUCAUUAUGAAUAAUAAAUCCAUUUAUCCUCUUAUUUGUACAGGUACUUUUGGUCGAUAAAAAAAUUACAGCUGCGAAAGAGAUGUUCAAGAUAUUGGACGGUGCAGCUAAAGAAAAAUACCCUCUUUUGAUAGUAGGGGAGAGUGUCGAACAGGAAGUGCUGGCUCCAAUAAUCAGGAACAAGCUCAGAGGUCUGCUGAAGGUGGCUGUCAUUAAAGCUCCUGCCUUUGGAGAGCGCAAGAGUCACUACCUUGACGACAUUGCCAUCUUGACCGGAGGUAUUUGUCUGCAAUUUAGGUUUUUUGUGUAUAUAUUUGAGGACAACACCUUUGCUCUUCUUGUGCCCUCAGUUCACUUUCCUCGGGAAACAUAGAGGAGUAUGGAUUGUCAUUUGAUGGGGUCCUGGUUACUUCUUCUGUGGUUUCUGUUUGUGGGGCAGGUACUGUGGUUAGAGAUGAUGUGGGACUUAGUCUUGAGAAGGUUGGGAAGGAAGUAUUAGGGUCUGCGUUAAAGGUGGUGAUAAGUAAAGAUUCUACCUUGCUGGUUACUGAUGGAAGCACACAGGAUUCUGUGGAGAAGCGGAUAAAGCAGAUUGCAAGCCUUGUUGAGGUGUGUACCUACUUUCACCGUGCACAUUUGCCGUCCAUGAUGCUAGUUUCUUUGUUUAUAAUUGCAUUAUUCAGUGUAACACUAGUACGAGAUUUCAAAGCUCCUCGAAUAAAUAAUUCUUUUUUGCAUGUUUUUAUCAAUAAAUGUGGCGCGGAAAUUAAAAUGAAUGGUGCAAGAUAUGUGAAUCGGGAUAGAUUUUUAAUGUUUGAAUGAAUUCAGUUCCUCCGGAAACAGGGUGUAAAAGAAAACAUUAGACCACUAAUUUGUCUUAGAAUUUGGGUUUGCAUUCAGGACUAAAUUCUAUGUCAACUACCUGAUUAUCAUAUCAAGACCAAAGUCUCCGGUUCCAUCCUCUAGAUUAAGACUUGUGAUUAUAAGCAUACUUAACCAAGAUAGGAUCUCAAUCUAUGGUCCUGAGAUUAAACAUUAAACGUAAAUUAGUUGAAAUUUAUUGUUUACAUCAAGUAGCCCAAAGUAAUAUUAUGGACCCGAAUCAAAUUCAUGUCAGGCCUCUUUUCCAGUAGAUUCCUAGAUGUAGUCUUCUUUUGACAAUUCCGACAUUCAUGUCGGGCUUCAUUGUAUUAAUAUGCAUCUCUUUCUUGUUUUAGAACACUAAAGAGACGUUCAAGAAGAAGAUACUGAGCGAGAGAAUAGCAAGACUAUCUAGUGGGAUUGCCAUUCUUCAGGUAAUGGUGGUACAUGUCGAAGGUGGCAAGCCAAUCCAUUCCAACAUAUGCCGUGUCCUAUUUCUGAGCUCUUGCAUUAUCUCAGGUACAAAUAUUUUCUAAACAACAAAUGACAGGUAGGUGCACCAACGGAAGUCGAGUUAAAGAGCAAAAUGCUGAGAGUUGAGGACGCUCUGAAUGCGACCAAGGUAAUUCCGAGACCAUGCAUGCUUCCUGGCAGAUGAAUUGCCAGUGGUUUCAAAACUGAGCCUUUGUGUUGCAGGCAGCCAUUGAAGAAGGUGUUGUUGUCGGAGGUGGCUGUAGCUUGCUGAGGCUAUCCCUAAAGGUGGAUGAUAUUAAGAAUUCUCUGGAUAAUGAAGAGCAGAAGGUACCACUUUUUUAUUCGUCUGAACCAUGCAACUCUUAGAUGCUUCUACAUCUCUCUUAAAGCUAUUUAUGCCUGUAUUCUGCAGGUUGGUGCUGACAUCUUCAAGAGGGCUCUAAGUUAUCCCACGAAGCUCAUAGCUAAAAAUGCAGGCGUCAAUGGUAGUGUCGUCAUUCAGAAGGUUCACAUUUCCUCCUCUGUAACCACACAAACACCGAAUGUUUUACGAUUAAACUUUAUUUAAGUCAGCAGGCAACGUGAUGCUGGCAGACAGGAUGAACCUUUCUUCAUACUUGCUCCUAUGUUAAGCCAGCAACAUCUUCUCCUUUGGAGGAGUAGAAUAUAAUACCUUGUUCUACUUCCAGAUUCUAUCCUCCGAUGACAGCAGAUAUGGAUAUAACGCAGCGAAAGACUGCUAUGAGGACUUGAUGGAUGCAGGAAUCUUAGAUCCGUCAAAGGUAUGUGGCCUGCAGAUAUAUGAAAGCAACACCUUCAAUGAUCGCAUUCAACAUGUCUUUAUGUACUUUAUUGUGAAUGUAAACAGGUGGUUAGAUGCUGCGUGGAGCAUGCAGCUUCUGUUGCCAGGACUUUUCUUACCUCCGAUGUGGUAGUUGUAGAUACAAGGGAACCAUAUCCUGCUACCAUGAGACCACGGAUGCCAACAUCUGGUCCAAUGCCUUCUUUUGGUCACACACCAACUUUCAGCCCUUUGCCGUCUAAAGUGAGUCCGAAGUCAACUCCCUUCUCACCUCUUGGUUCAAAGAGAACUCCAGGUACCCCCCCCCCCCUAAAUCCGUGGACAUUUAUGUGAAAGGUUUCAUUCAUCUCAUUCAUGUUUGCUAAUUUCGAUCCAAUUUUUUCAGGUGCCAUGUUUUAGCCGUCUGGAACCAUUGUAGUUACUUGGGGUCGCUGAUAUCAGACUCUUGUCUUCCCUUGAAACAUGCCCUGUAAUGCCGAGAAGCAUAGAAAUCAGAUGCACAGAGAGGGCAAGGGCAUUGCCGCCAAAUGCAUAGAUCACACAUGCAACAUGUAAGUUUCAACAGAUAGCUUCAUGCAUCCAUUCCUUUAAGACAAUUUUGCUCGAAUAAUGUAUGGUGGGGAAAAUGUUCCUCAUCUCUAUAAAUAAAAGCUUUUGAUCCAUAGUAUCGGGUAUGCUAGUUGA